AGGGAUUUAUUUAGUUAAGUUAUGUCGUGUACAUAAAUGUAUAAUUAAUCAUUUUAAUCUUAUUUCAGGUUUUAGUGAUCCAGCAGACGACGAUUGGUUUAUAUAUAUACAAGUUGAAAUUAGUUGUCAGUCCGUCUGUCUCUUGCUUUUAUGUUUACUGCACAGUUCUGUGUCACAGGGCUGGUCACAUUUUGGUUACAAGGGUAUUUGGUUUGGUCUAUUUUCAUGUCAUUGUCUUUGGUGUUUAACAAUAGCCCAGGCCAAGCUUCUCACUUGAUUGGUCCUGUUUUCAAAUAUACAUGUCAUCCGCCAUGUUACUAACCAGUCACACUAUCACUGAAUGAGGAUUGUACACCUGCUUGAUUUGUGCACAACUAAAAAGGUUAGUUAGUAUACAUUUUAGUUGUUAUAUAAAUUGUAAAUUAAAGUCUAAUAUAAAUCAUAUAUAAAAUAGGUAUAAAUAUGUUCAUGAUCAACCUAGUGUAAGUAUAUACACAAUCUACCAUUUAACCUGUAUGAAUGUGCGUAUGGUUUGUUUUCUAUGUUUAAUCUGGUCAAUAUGCUGGCUAGAAAUUAUUGUUUUGUAACUGUUUACUGUAUGGUGUAAUAUUGAUAUAUCAUGAAUCCUGUAUUGUUGAUAAAAUAGUAGACUUUCAUUGUGGUGGUCACUAUUAUGUAUAUAUGUUUCACUUAGUAGAAUGGUAGCCCUUGAUCAAUGUAUUAUCCCUUAUAUAGGUUUACUAUACGAGUUGGCUGUCGGGCUACUUGGUGCGUGGACACACUCCCGUGUCACCCACAGGAGUGCCUUCGUCCACUUUGCUGGAAUAAACAGAUUGUACCUCACAACCCGUAGCCUGUGGUUUAUGUAACACACACCCUAACACCACUAUAUCAUGGCUGCAACAAUGGAGCCCCCAGUGAGGAAAUCUGUGCAACGCCAAUAGCCUAUUUUGGACAGCAUUCAACUGUGCCUCCGAGAGAUGAAUCUAAUGUUCCAUGUCUGAUUCCAGUCUGGAGUUAGACUUGUGCCUCAUGCCGGGUGAGAACUUUGAUAAGGACUAUAUAGUCGUGUGACUAUGAUGACAUUAUAUCAGUGAUUUGUGGCUUUCUAUGUAUCUGACACUGAUCUAGAUCAAACAAGUUUGAACUUUUUGUGCAUUGAAAAAAGAAAUUCUUGGAUAGCUAUGCGCUCCUUCUUCAUGAUAAAGAGAUUGAUACGCCUCAUCAUUUGUAUAUAUAAUGUUUGAGUGAAGUAUAGCCAUAAAGGCUUCAUGCUGUUUAUUCCUUGUGUUGAUAUGUGGUAUACCUUACUUGUAUUGUGAUACUUAAUUGUAUUUACACAUAUAUCUGCUGGCUUGUCAAAGUUUAUUUGGCUUAGAACUUAAAAGAAACAUUUUUUUUGAAUUCUAUUUUUUUGUUUUUUAUUUAUAACAGGCACACUUGCAUGCAUGUUACUACCGUGCCAUUAGUAACUUGAACUAGUACCGGUACUACUAUAGUAUAUGUAGUUUUGUGUAUUUGCCUUAGUUAACCUAGGGAUGGCACUUGUUUUUCUUAAGCUUGGGUAAGGGACAUAGAUUGGUGAUUGCUUGAUGUGUGACUGAGUGGACUUUGAAUACAUUCUCAAAGUAUGAAUUAAAUAGGAAUAAAUUCUUUAUCACGUUGGUAGUAACUCAAAUUAGUGUUAUUUGAUAAAGCAUAUUUGAUAGAUUUCACAUAUCACUGCACCAACACUGCAUUAUACUAACAAUACUUCCUUUGUAGUAUACAGGUCAUAGUUAUCGGUGUAUUUUGGGCUUUUCUUCAAGGAUUGGUUGAUAUAUGGUCUCUGGUGUUGUUUCUUUGAGUUCUCCGUGACACUGAAUAAUUUUUGCUUAUGCGUUGCGCUGCGUGCCCGCGCUGUGCCUGAAAUUGCUGCUUUGCCGCGUUGUACUCUACGUUUGCUGCUUCUCGCGUAACCGCGUUGUACAUCACCUUUACUGCUUUGCUUCGAUGUUGCAUUGCUAGUCUACACUUUGCUUCUGAUACUCGAUAUAUUUAUUAAGUACUACAAGCUCUUGACAACAGGUAGGUAUUAUUACUGUACAUAUAGUUUUUUUUCCUAGUCUAUUUACUUCUCUCUGCGAUACAGUGUGCAUUUAAAGUGGCAUUGCUACUAUACUUUGGUAUACCAUAUACCUUUUACUUCAACAACAACAGUUGUUGCUCGUUAGAGUGUUUGCAAUUCACGUUCAGUGAAUAUAUGCGCAUUCAUUCAUAAUGGAACUCAGCAAGGAGGAACUCGGUAACAUGGUGGAAGCAUUCCGAAAGGCAGGACUAAACCCCAAAUCUGACACACCCGAGGAAUUCAAACAUUGGGUUCAAGGAUUAUCACAGCAGGACAUAGCCCCUGUGAUUAAGAAGGAGCCUGAAGGAGAGAACCCAGAACCUGAUAUGAAAUCAUCCACAGUGACCUAUCAUAACUUUCCUAAACUGCCUUUCUUUAGUGGAGAGCCUGGUAAGGAUGCGGAGUAUGACUUAUGGCGCUAUGAGGUGAACUGUUUAUUGGACACACAGACCUAUUCCAAGGGGACAAUCUUACAAGCAAUACGGCGAUCCCUAAAAGGAGAAGCAGCUUUAGCAGUGAUGAAAGUGGGACCUAAGGCCACCAUAACCGACAUCUUAUCAAAGCUUAAAAGUGCUUUUGGGACACUUAGAAGGAGCUCUGUACUUAUGUCAAAGUUUUAUAGUUCUUGUCAAGGAGAAAGCGAGGAUGUCUCAGCAUGGAGUUGUCGCUUGGAAAGGUUACUCUAUCAGUUAGCAGAGCAGAAGUCCAUACCACCAGCUGAGCAAGAUGAAAUGUUGAGGACAAGAUUAUGGGAUGGACUGAAUCCAUCUCUUAAAAGUCUGGCUGGAUAUAAGUAUGAGUCAAUCACAAACUUUGAUGAUCUCCGCCUUUGCCUCAGGGAAAUGGAGUUUGAUCUUCAACGAAUCACAGCUGACGCACCCAAGGUCAAGGCCAAACAAGCCACAGCUCAUACAGCUAAAGCUUCAGUCACAGACUCAUCUGGUCAGGACCUUUCUGAGAUUAAGUCGAUGUUCAAGGAGAUGUACUCUGAGUUUGCUGAUAUGAAGGAACGACAGCAGCACAUGACCGCUCAGAUACAGCAACUGCAGCCUUCUCCAUUUGUCAAUUACAGCCACCAAGGACCUGCAGUUACAUCAUUCAGAGGUGGAUAUAACAGACAUAGAGAUAGAGGUCAAUAUAAACAGGGUAACGAAGGUUGGUCAGAUACCAUUCCUGGUAAAGUAUCAUCUGCUCCUUCUGUAGUACCACAGCAGACUACUUCCCAUUCACCCUCUACACCUUCCCCAGGUCAGACUUCUUCACAGUCUCAGGAACCAGUCUGUUGGAGAUGUGGCUACUCAGGUCACCUUGCUUAUGGAUGUCGGGUCAGGUUGGAUCAUCGCCGCAAACCUUUAAACUGGAACAGGCCUAUGGGCAGGGGGGACUAUCAGGCCUAGGAUCACAACCCCGAGAAAAACCGUUAAUGGACAGAUUAGUAGGACAUUCCAAUGAAGUUGAAAUAAAAGUUGAAAGUAUUUCUGUUAGAGCUUUAUUGGAUACUGGAGCAACUGUUUCAUUUGUAUCGGAAUCCUUUUAUGACAGUUAUCUCAGUCAUAUACCCAUACAAGCCUUAGACUGCAUGUUGGACAUUGAACAUGCUGGAGGGUCGUCUUUGCCAUAUAAGGGAUUCGUGGAAGUUAACAUUAAGUCUGUUGGUUGUGGCAUCGACAAGGAUACAGAUACCUCAUGUUUACUCUUAGUUGUCCCUGAUACCAGAUACAACUGCAGGGUACCAGUCCUAUUGGGAACCAAUGUCCUUUUACAUCUGUUGGAAGAAUGCAAGGCCUUUAACGGAACGAGAUUUCUUCAGAAAGGUGACUUGUACACACCAUGGUAUUUGACAUUCAGGAAUUUGGUCAUACAGGAUAGGGAGUUGACUAAGAAUGGAGGAAAGUUAGGACUUGUCAAAUCUGCAGAAUACAACAGUAUUUCCGUACCGUCUAACAGUACAGUUACAAUCAAAGGACAGUUGUGUCGUGGAAUCCCAUAUCGUCAAGUAUGUGCCCUCCUACAGGCUACAACAGUAUCAUCGGUAUCAUCUGAUUUGGAUAUUGCACCAACUCUUGUCACUUAUGAUUACCACCGCCCUGAGGAAAUAGAGGUACUUGUGUCCAAUAUCACCACACAGACAGCUGUUAUACACCCCAGAGCUGUUCUUUGUGAACUACAACCGGUUACAAUUGAGAGUUUAUCACCUGGAACACCUGUGGACUCAGACAAUUUACUGGAACAAGUGGAAGUUGAACAGGAUGGAUUAACAAGAGAGGAGAUAGCACAGGGGCUUGAACUUAUCAUGAAGUUUAAACAUAUUUUCUCCAAAAGGGAUGACGAUUUAGGACACUCAACUAUGGUUGAACACAGGAUAGACUUACAGGAUGACAUUCCAUUUAAACAGAGACAUCGUCGAAUUCCACCUGGCAUGUAUUGUGAAGUGAAGAGCCAUCUUCAAGAUCUUUUGUCUGCUGGAGUUAUCCGACCUUCACAUAGCCCAUGGGCCUCUAAUGUUGUCUUGGCGAAGCGCAAGGAUGGACGAUUGAGACUAUGUAUAGAUUUUCGCGAGCUCAACCGACGCACGAUCAAGGACAGUUAUGCACUUCCGCGAAUUGAAGAACUUCUUGAUUGUCUGGGAGGAAUGAAAUACUUCUCUGUUCUUGACAUGAAAAGCGGAUACCAUCAGGUUGAAAUGGCAGAAGAACAUAAACAGAGGACUGCGUUUACAGUUGGCCCGCUAGGGUUUUAUGAAUAUAACAGAAUGCCUUUUGGAUUGUCGAACGCACCAGCCACGUACCAAAGACUUAUGGAAAAAUGUUUGGAAGGACUCCACUUGAAAAUUUGUUUGAUAUAUCUGGAUGAUCUCAUAAUCUUUUCUAAGAACUAUCAGGAACAUGUAGAACGGCUUGAGCUUGUUUUUAGACGUCUUCAAGAAUGUGGACUUAAGCUUGCCCCGAAGAAAUGCAAAUUCUUCAAGACGAAGGUACGUUAUGUUGGAUAUAUCGUAUCAGCAGAUGGAAUAGAAGCUGACCCAGACAAGAUUGACAAGAUCAGACAUUGGCCAACACCUACCACGGCAGAGGAAAUAAGACGCUUUCUUGGAUUCGCCGGUUAUUAUCGGAAAUUUGUCAAAGAUUUCUCCAAGAUUGCCAGACCACUAUCGGACCUUCUGCCCA